GCAAUGUCAGUAAGUUCUCGGAAGCUCUUAAAACCUAUGAAGAUGUCGGGAAUAUGGAUUCUCCUUCUGCUGGGGCUUGUCAUUACCCAAGGAAGAUCGCAAACUGCAACUCCUAUAGAGAGCGAUCCUCUUGGCCAGGUCAAUGAAGCAGCAACGAAGAAACUUCAGAGUUAUCUGGAUAACUUUCAAGGAAACUGGAGGAAUAACUCUGAGUUCCUCAACUGGAUAGGCAAAAUACGGACAGCAGUGGAGGACAAUAGUACCAAACUGGAAGAGAAGUUCAGAUUGAUAAUUAACUUUGAAACCUUCAAUGCUGAACGUUUGAUUUGGGAGAAACAUAUCUUAUUACGUAUUGAGGAACUAAAUGGCAUUAUUUCCCAUUUGACAAACCUCAAGUGCGUGACCUUUUACGUAGACCAAAAAUAUGGUCUCCAAAGAGCUCUAAACCUAUCGAAUUUGAAGAAAAGGGAAACGUUUACAGAGAAUUCAAUGCCGUGUCUGUACAUUCGUUCGGAAAUGGAUGAGCACAUAAAAUAUAUUGUAAAUGAUUUGGAAUAGCCUAGAAGGGCUUGAUAUUCCUCAUCAUGUUCAUGAUCUUCAGGAUCGUUUAAUAUCAAAACACAUAUUGGUGAUGGAAUAAAAGUUUUGCAGAUGAAA